UUUUAACAAUUACUAUCUCUGCUUCUGUUCUCUUUCUCCUCUUUCUCUCACAUUUGUUCAGAAGAAAUGGUGUAAUUUUGCUUUAUAGAAGGUUUAGGUUAAAGAUUGGUUGCGGCGACGGCGGCGGUAACGGUGAAGAAGAAGAACAGAGACAAAAUGGACGGGCAAGUAACUUUGACUAAACAUCUAGCUUGAGGUGUAAAUGCAUGGAAUUGAAGUGAAUUGGGAACAGAGACUUGUUGAAACUGAAAAGGCCGUAAAUAAGCUGCUGAAGAAGUAGGAGUUGUUUCAAUAUUGGCAUUUGUAGGUAUUACCAAAAGAAAUCAUCUAUAAGAAGGAAGUAGCUUUUGUAGUGAAAUGGAGGAGGCGAUAGAGAGGUGUGUGGACUCUCAGCUAUGGCAUGCCUGUGCAGGAAGCAUGGUGCAAAUUCCUCCAUUAAACUCCAAGGUUUUUUAUUUCCCACAAGGCCAUGCUGAGCAUACAUUUACAGAUGUUGAUUUCACUGCUCUGCCGAGAAUUCCUGCUAUGAUUCUAUGCAGGGUCGAUGCUGUAAAAUUCUUAGCUGAUCCUGAAACCGAUGAGAUUUAUGCCAAGAUUAGGCUUAUUCCGGUUGAAAACAAGGACCAUGACUUUGAAAAUGACACUGUUUUAGGAAGCAGUGUGGUUGAAACAACUGAGAAGCCUAGUUCGUUCGCCAAGACAUUGACUCAAUCGGAUGCAAAUAACGGGGGUGGUUUUUCAGUGCCUAGAUACUGUGCAGAGACAAUUUUCCCGAGGUUGGAUUUUACAGCUGAUCCUCCUGUCCAGACUGUGAUCGCUAAGGAUGUUCAUGGUGCAAUCUGGAAGUUCAGGCACAUCUAUAGGGGCACACCACGGAGGCAUUUGUUGACAACUGGUUGGAGUUCAUUUGUGAAUCAGAAGAAGCUGGUUUCAGGGGACUCUGUUGUGUUUCUGAGGGCAGAAAAUGGUGAUCUUUGUGUUGGAAUUCGCAGGGUAAAGCGGGAUGGUAUUGGUGGGAUGGAAACCCAGUCAGGGUGGAACUCUGCUGCUGGCAAUUAUGGUGGAUUUUAUGCAUUUCUGAAGGAAGACGAGAACAAUAUAAUGAGAAGUGGUAGUAACGGGAAUCUGAAUUCUUCUGGUGGGAGAUUUAGAGAUAAGGGACAAGUGAGCCCUGAAUCAGUUGUUAAGGCUGCAUAUCUUGCUGCUAGUAGCCAGCCUUUUGAAAUUGUUUAUUACCCUCGUGCAAGUUCUCCUGAAUUUUGUGUUAGGGCGUCUUCUGUGAAUGCUGCAAUGAACGUUCAAUGGUGCUCAGGGAUGAGGUUCAAAAUGGCUUUUGAAACCGAGGAUUCUUCUCGGAUCAGCUGGUUCACGGGAAGUAUAUCAUUGGUUCAGGUUGCUGACCCCAUCCGCUGGCCUCAUUCACCUUGGCGGCUUCUUCAGGUGACAUGGGAUGAACCAGAUUUACUGCAAAAUGUAAAAAAAGUCAGCCCAUGGCUUGUCAAAUUGGUCUCUAAUAUGCCCGUCAUUCACUUAUCACCGCCAAGGAAAAAGCUGUGUUUACCGCAAGAUUUUGCACUCGACAGUCAAUUUCCAUUACCUUCAUUUUGGGGCAACCCCCUCAGGUCCAGCAGUCCUUUUUGUUGUGUAUCUGACAACAUCACUGCAGGCAUACAGGGAGCCAGGCAUGCUCAGUUUGGAGUACCUUUAUUGGAUCUCCAACUUAGCAAAAAAUUGCAGUCGGGACUGCUACCACUCGAUGCUGAUUCUAGAAUUCCUAAUAAGGUCCAAAAAGAGAGGAAUGAAAAUAUAUCUUGCUUGCUUACCAUGGGUAGUUCUAGUCAGAAAGCCGAUAAUUUGAAAACACCUCGGUUUUUACUCUUUGGCCAACCGAUUCUCACAGAGCAGCAAAUGUCAGCUGAACUUGGCAUGAGUAGUGGUCAGUGCAAAGUAUUCCUAGAUACGGAGGAUGUAGGACAUGGCCUUGAUAUCUCAGUUUUAGGAUCAUACGAAGAGCUGUAUAAAAGACUUGCAGACAUGUUUGGGAUAGAAAGAUUAGAUAUGAUGACACGUCUACUCUAUAUAGAUGCAACAGGUGCAUCUAGACAAAUUGGAGAUGAACCAUUCAGUGACUUGGUGAAGACUGCAAAAAGACUGACAAUUCUGAACAACAGUGCUGCAAGGAAAUGGCUCACUCAUCUGCCAACUGCUGAAGGUUGUCUAGAUUCUUCAAACCAGGCAGGAUCCCUUAGCAUCUUUGCGUAAAUUACCUUUUAUUAUCUCUGCUUGUUUCCAAGAAAUCAUAGACACUAGUAAUGUAACAUGGAUAUGUUUUAAGGAUGUCUCCGUUUUCUUUAUGUUUGAAAUAAUGUAACAAAGUUCUUGCUAAGCUGUAACCACAUGCUUGAAAGUGGUAUUAUCAAAGACAACAAAAUUUAUUCAUGUGAGGACUGUUAUAUGUAUUUCUUCCA